GGUCAACUAUCGACUCAUAUAAAGUCAGGUAUAAAAGCACCUUUCUUCCUAGAGGUUCUGACCAUACAUCGAUAUAGUACGCACAUUUACCUAUUCUUCUACACAUAUUCCAUACACAACCAGGAGUAGGUUGCUCAAAGUUGAGUAUUGACUUAAACAAAAAGGUGUUUUAUUUCACCUAGUCGAUGAUGGCGCCUUCUAGCAAGAAAGUAAUUAAUGCCGGAGCGGAGAAUGUUUCGUAUUUCACACCUGCUCAGAAUCCUCCAUCAGGAACAGCAGUGGAUCCUUUAUUGAAGGCCCAAAUCAUUCCAAAGCUUUUCCAACCACUGAGCAUUAGAGGCGUGACCUUUCAAAACAGAAUUUGGGUUUCGCCAUUAUGUCAAUACUCGGCUGAAGAUGGGAAAGUGACACCAUGGCAUAUGUCCCAAAUUGGUGGCUGGGUCACGCGUGGUCCUGGCCUUACUAUGAUGGAGGCAACUGCUGUUUCAAAGAACGGGCGGAUCGAUCCCAAUGGAGUAGGACUCUGGAAUGAGGAGCAGCUUGAAUCUUUGAAAGCGAUUGUAGAUUUUACACAUUCUCAGAGCCAACACAUCGGUAUUCAGCUCGUGCACGCAGGCCGAAAAGCUUCCACAGUCGCAGCGUGGUUGGGAAAUGAGAAUGCAACCAAAGAGACAGGAGGCUGGCCUGAUGAUAUUAUCGGCCCAAGUCCAGUGCCCUGGGACGAAAACUCUUUCAUGCCUAAAGAGAUGACGCUCUCUGAUAUUGCAGAUUUCAGAAAUUCUUGGGUGAGCUCUGUUGAGCGCGCUUUGCGAGCCGGAUUCGAUGUCAUAGAGAUCCAUGCGGCUCAUGGAUUUCUCCUUCAUCAAUUCCUAAGCCCUGUCAGCAAUAAGAGAACAGAUGAGUAUGGUGGUAGUUUUGAAAAUCGCAUUCGUCUGCUUCUCGAAGUAAUUCAGGACACAAGGCGUACGAUACCCGAAACAAUGCCUUUGUUCUUGCGAAUUAGUGCAACAGAUUGGUUAGAGGAAACUGGAAUUGAUGGUUGGACUCUUGAAGAUAGUGCACAACUAUCAGUAAAAGCUGCAAGUUUGGGCGUGGAUUUUAUCGAUGUAUCUUCUGGUGGUUCCCAUCCAGAACAAAAUUUCAAACUCGGCCCCGGAUACCAAGCUGGCUUUUCAAAAUACAUCAAGAAUGCUGUCAAGGACAAAGCCUUUGUCGGUGCUGUUGGUAACAUCACAAAUGGCGUACAAGCGAAUGGACUUCUAGAAGAAGGCCUCGACGCCAUCUUCAGUGGAAGGUUGUUUCAGAAAAAUCCUGGUCUGGUUUGGUCGUGGGCGGAUGAUUUGGGGAUUGUUGUACAUGCUGCAAGACAAAUACAAUGGGGAUUUAGAGAAAUUCCUAAUCCAUUCACAGCCUAAAAGUUCUAGCGAAUAGUACAUGAUUUUCGCGUGUUUGCCUGUUCAUCUCCUUAGAUCAUGCCAUUAUACAGCGCAAAUAUAGGAUGAAUGGAGAAGCAAAAUAAGGACGGAGAGGAAAAUGGUCUUACUCUUGUAAAGUGUAAAGGAUAUAGACGAUGUGGAUACACAGAAAACUUUCACAGACAAAUCUAUGCUGUCGAUACUUUGCCCUUGUUUCCUUGAUUGAAAAGCUAAGCUAAUAAUUUGAAUGAUUA